AUGAGCAUGGAGGACAACAAACAGCAGUGGCUGUCUGCUCUGGAGACCAGCAUACAGAACAUCGAGGCUGUACUCACCCGCCUCAUCUCUCAACAACAACAACCCCCUGGCCCUGCCCCUGCUCCAGCUCCGGCAGCGGGUCCAGGUGUUUCUACUGGCGCCAGCCCUGCGCACCCCCUUAUCCACCCAAAUCCUCCUUUCUCCUUCCAUGGGGAUUGCACCCUGGGCAAGAGCUUCUUGCACUCAGUGAAGUAG